AGGUGAUAAAUUGCAAUCAAAGAUUUUUUCAAAUCAACUACUUGAAUCAUGACAGCACUUCUGCUUUCUAUGUGGUCAUCUCACCAAUCAGAGGCCAAGAGUGUUUGAGCUUUUUUCCAAAGGAUAUCUUUGCUUUAGUGGGAGGAGAGAUGUUUCUUAUUUCAGCUUUCCCACUGUUGCCAUGUUCUCAUUAUGUGAGUAGCCAGUCCUGCAGGAUGAGGCUGAUUAUUCCACUGCUUUUAUGGAUACCAUUGGUAUUCAAUUACCAGGUUUCUUCCCAAAGCCGUGGCAGUCAAACUCUUGACUCAACACCAAAGUUUAUCAUGUUAGCUCCAGCAAGACUGAGGCUUGGAACCAAACUGAAUAUCUUACUAGAGGCACACAGUCUGUCCGAGCCAAUCACAGUCAAAGUCAUUGUCUAUGCUUUCGAGAAGGAAUCCGUCCUGAUGCGGGACUCUGCCAUCCUCAAUUCAGCCAACCGCUAUAGUGAUCUCAAAACCAUAGAGAUCAACCCAAACUUGUUUAAAAAAAAAGUGAAACAAUCUGUGAGACUGGUUGUGGAAUUUGGGAGUUUCCACAAAGCUGAGAAAAUUAUCAUGGUGUCGUUCCGGUCUGGAUACAUCUUCAUUCAGACUGAUAAACCGGUUUACAACCCUGGGGACACAGUUCAUUACAGGGCUUUUGUGUCCAAUCAUGAAUUCCACGCUUUCAACACCAACAUAUCUCUUGAGAUUCAGAACCCAGAUGGUGUUGUGGUGCACAUCAGCUCCAACACCAGUGCAAGCGACGGGAUUCUCUCUGAAAGCUACCCUCUACCUACUGUGGACAAAGAGGGAAAAUGGAAAGUUGUUGCGAAGUUUGAUGAUGUUGAAGAAAACGCAUUCAGUGCGGGGUUUCAUGUAAAGAAAUAUGUUCUCCCAGCAUUCAACGUCACUUUAACGUCAAAGAAACCCUACUUCAACCUACACGAAGAUAAGUUGGAAGUAGAAGUCAGAGCCAGGUAUCUUUAUGGUGAACAAGUGCAAGGUGUUGCAUAUGUGCUGUUUGGUAUUGACAUGAAUGGUCAGAAAAGGAGAAUCACUUCUUUGAAGCAACUGAAUGAUCUGAAUGGAGGAAAAGUUAGUUUGAGUAUGGCGGAGAUAAAGAAGGUCUUUCCAGAUACAAAAGGCCUACUAGGAAAUUAUGUGUACGUCAAAGCGUCAGUAAUGACCAGCUCAGGUAGUGACCUUGUGGAAGCAGAGAAAUCCGACAUUAAAAUAGUGAUGUCACCCUACAUGCUCUCCAUCAGGGACACACCCAAGUAUUUCAAACCAGGCCUUCCGCUAGGCAUAGUGGUUACAGUGAGUAACCAAGAUGGAUCUCCAGCCCCCAAUAUCCCUGUUAAACUCAACUUCCUUCAAAAACCAAUUCAAACACACAGAGGCACUAUCAGGGUCUCCAUCAACAUGCCUGAUGAAGACAAGAAUCAAAUGUUGAAGGUAGAAACAGCACUUCCUGGUGUGAAUGCAGAAAAUCAGGCUGUACAGGAGAUGACUCUGGAGCCAUAUUUAGGUUUUGAUGGCUACAGUAAGAACUACCUGCACAUCUCAGUGGGUGCCAAACAAGUGGUGGUGGGCAGCAGUCUUAACAUCAAACUGUACAUCAAAACAGCCUCGCCAGAACACAGAAAGCUUGUGAAGCAGCUGACAUAUGUUGUUUUGAACAAAGGGAAAAUAAUAACAGCUUCUAGGGUAGAUGUAUGCCAGAAUGACACAAAUAUUCCAUUACUAGUUACCACAGAGAUGUUACCUUCAUUCAGGCUGGUGGCGUACUAUAUAUUGCCAUGGCAACUAAAAGCAGAAGUGGUGGCAGACUCCGUGUUUGUGGAUGUGGAGAACCAGUGUGUAAGCUCACUCAGUUUAGGACCAGUGGAGGGAGAAAAACUCAACUCGUACUCACCAGGCAGAACCUUUAAGUUUCAAGUGAAGGGUGACCCAGGAGCAAAGGUUAGCUUGGUGGCUGUGGAUAAUGCCAUCUUUCUGCUGAGUAAAAACUGCCUGACACAGAGAAAGGUGUGGGAGGCGGUGGGUCAGGGAGACAUGGGCUGCACUGCAGGAGGAGGCCGGGAUAGUAUGGGUGUUUUCAGCGAUGCAGGACUGAUGUUUUAUUCCAGCACAGGACCAUUCACUGACUCUGGAUCAGAUCAUUGCUCCAAAAAAUCUAGGAGGAAAAGGUCUUUAAAGCAAAAAGCAACAAAAUUGGAACAAAGAGAGAAGCUGGAGGAGGGUUUUUCUGACGAGUCCCUGCGGAGGUGUUGUGUGGACGGCAUGAGGGAGAUUCCCAUGAACUAUUCAUGCUCGCGUCGCUCUCUCUCCAUCACCAAGGACCGGUGCUGCAUGUUAGCUUUCCUCCACUGCUGUGUGGAGUACCGAGGGGAGAAGCUUGAUAACGUGACCAGGCCUCAGAUAGAAGAAAUAAAUAGUUGCCCUAUGGGUCAUCAGGGCCCAAAGGGAGAGCAGGUCUUAAGGGAGCUUCAAGGCCCAAGGGUCCUAGGGCCCAAUGAGGCCGCAGGGUCCAAUGAGGCCGCAGGGCCCAGGUGGGCCGCAGGGCUCAGGUGGGACGCAGGGCCCAAUGGGGAGCAGGUCUUAAGGGAGCAUCAAGACCCAAGGGUCCUAGGGCCCAAUGAGGCCAGAGGGCCCAAUGGGGAGCAGGUCUUAAGGGACCCUCAAGCCCCAAGGGUCCUAGGGCCCAAUGGGUCCCCAGGGUCCAAUGGGGCCCCAGGGUCCAAUGGGUCCCCAGGGUCCAAUGGGGCCCCAGGGUCCAAUGGGGCCCCAGGGUCCAAUGAGGCCGCAGGGCCCAGGUGGGCCGCAGGGCCCAAUGGGGAGCAGGUCUUAAGGGACCCUCAAGGCCCAAGGGUCCUAGGGCCCAAUGGGUCCCCAGGGUCCAAUGGGGCCCCAGGGUCCAAUGGGUCCCCAGGGUCCAAUGGGGCCCCAGGGUCCAAUGGGGCCCCAGGGUCCAAUGAGGCCGCAGGGCCCAGGGGGGAAGCAGGGCCCAAGGGGGAAGUAGGGCUUAGGGGGGUCUCAGGGCCCAAGGAGGUUGUUUGGGACAAAAUUGAGGGACUGGACAUGGAAGAGGAAGAAGAUGAUUUAGCUGAGGUGCGCACCAAGUUCUUUGAGUCGUGGCUGUGGACUGACAUCAGACUACCCAGUGCAGCCAAGUCAGAUGGGCUGGCUGUAUUUCCAGUGGAAACCGUUCUUCCUGACAGUAUCACUCAGUGGGGGAUUCUAGCCAUCAGUGCCUCACCUGAAGCAGGUUUCUGUGUAGCUGAACCGUAUAACGUGAGUGCAUGGAAGCCGUUCUUCGUAGACCUGCACUUGCCUCACUCAGUGUCCAGAAAUGAACGUGUGCAAAUCAAAGCUGUGGUCCACAACUACAUGGACAAAAACCUGAAGGUAACGGUGAUCCUGAGUAAGACAGAGGGCAUGUGUAGUGUGGCGUUUAGCAGACCCCACAGAUAGCAGGUCUCUGUGCCGGCCAGCUCCUCCAAGCUCAUCACAUACACCAUCAUCCCCCUUAAGACAGGAGAGCUCCCCCUACAGGUCACGGUCAUUGCACACUCUUUUAUUGAGCCGGAUGCUGUGAGGAAGAAUCUACGUGUUGUAGUCGAGGGCAUCCAGAGAAUUGAGUCAAGGAGCUUUGUGUUGGACCCCUCUGAGAAAGGAGACAAGGGUGAUCUUCAAGUGAUAAAAGUGAAGAAAACGGAGUUAAAAUCAGUGGUACCAAAUUCAAAGCCUGAGACAUUCAUCAAUGUCAGAGGUGAUUUUCUGGCAGACAGCAUUGAUAACUCCAUGAAGGAGGACUCACUGGCGUCUCUGAUCCGAAUGCCUGGUGGAUGUGUGGAGCAGAACCUGGCCACUAUGGCGCUGCCCCUCAUCGCAGUCCAUUACCUAGACCGCAGUGCAAACUGGGGUGCUGUGGGACUAAACCGCAGAGAAGAGGCCAUCAAAUACAUACAAAAAGGUUAUGAAAAGCAGCUUAAUUAUCGAAAGGAGGAUGAUUCGUACCCUCCCUACAAAAAAACAGGGAGCAGCACAUGGAUCACUGCAUUCGUGCUGAAGGUGUUCUCCAUGGCACACUCUUUCAUCAGUGUCAGUGAGAGGCAUCUGUGCGGCCCACUGCAAUACCUGCUGUGGAACAAACAGCGUCCAGAUGGAUCCUUUCAGGAGGACAAUGAGGUCCGCUUCUUCGAACAUACGGGAGGCCUGCAGGGCUCUGAAUCCACAGAGACUCUGACGGCAUUCGUGCUCAUUGCUCUGGCAGAGACACCAAAUUCUGUGUGCUGCCAAGAGUCAGCAGCCAACAUAGAGAGCCGUUCCAGAAAAGCAGCGAUGUAUCUCCGAGGGCGUUUCCCUGACCUGAAGAGGCCGUACUCAGCGGCUAUAGUCUGCUACGCUUUAGCAUUAUCUAACCACAGCUGCACGAAGAGCAUGUUGUUAAACUUUGCCUCACAGAAUCGUACCCAUUGGCCUGACUCUGACAAUCACUACUUUACACUGGAAGCUACCGGCUACGCAUUGUUAGCACUGAUCAAAGGAGGUCACAUGAAAGAGGCGAUGGCCCCAUUUCGAUGGUUAAAUGAGCAACGUGGUAUUGGAGGAGGCUAUGGCUCUACUCAGUCCACUGUAAUAGUGCUACAGGCCCUGUCUGAGUACCUAGUGAAGUGGCCUCCUCCUUCGAAACGUAUAUUAAAGGUGGAGCUCCGUGUGCCUGGUCACAAAAGCAUUCAGUGGACCUUCCUACCAAAAAUGGCUCAUAAGCUUCAAACUGCUCAGGUACCUUUUGACAAGGAAUUGACAGUGGUGGCUACAGGGAAUGGCAAGGGAAUUCUGGAGGUAGUGAAGGUGUACCACCAACUUCCUGACUCCUGCAAGAACAGCCUGUGUAACAGUUUCCAGCUUGAAUGUCUCUUGGAAGAAAGGGCAAACAUGGUGAUUCUGGAUAUUGGCUUGCCCACCAGCUUUGAGCCUGACAACUCAGACUUGGAGCAGCUCAUGAAUUCAGUGGAUCAAUACAUCAACAACUUCGAAGUGGUGGACAACUUGAGCGACAGAAGAUCCCUCAUAAUUCACCUGUUUAAGGUGUCCAGUACUGAGGCAGACAUGAUCUCAUUCAGACUGCAUCAGAAAUUUAAAGUGGGGUUUCUUCAGCCGUCCACUGUAACAGUUUACCAUUACUACAACAAAGAUAAGCACUGCAGCAGGUUCUACUCUCCUCCUGAAGACCAGCAGCUCUGCAGAGGCAAUGUGUGCCACUGCUCACAGGGUGACUGCUGCGUGCAAAAACCACAGAACAUGUCUUUUACGAAAGAGCGGGUUGCAUGCAAUGGAAGACAUUAUGGUAAAUAUUUGCUGAGGUCACAUUUACAUCUCCUGACCUUUAUAAGUUUUGCGGGGUCAAUAAAUUGGUCUUUUGGUGUCUCCUCUUCAGCCUACAAGGUUAAACUGAUGAGUGUAAGGAAGUGUUACUACGAUCAGUACGAGAUGAAGAUUGUUCAGAUUAUACAAAAUGGGUCAGAAGCUGAUUUGAAAAAAAAUGACAGGAGGAUGUUCCUCUCUCAUGCCAGCUGUAGGCCGGGGCUUGCUUUGAAAGAGGGUCAGGAAUACCUGAUCACUGGGCCGAUCACUGAUGUUUGGCACACAGAAAGCACAUCCAACAGGAACGUGUAUGUGCUGCAUAAGCACACGUGGGUUGAGCGCUGGCCGUCUGAGGCUGAAUGUAAGCGUAAAUCCGCUCUGAAGGUUAAAUGUGCUGAACUGAAGCGUUUCGCAGCAGGAGUGACAAACAGAGGCUGCCAGAGACGUCCCACAAAUGUUAUUCUGUAA